AUGUCUGAAGAAACAGAUUCAAACAAAAUAAUUAAAAUUGAGCCGAUGGAUGAUUAUCCUCAAGUGAAACAGGAAUUUGAUGAUUAUGAAAAUACGUCAGAUUUGUGCACGGAUAAUGAUGAUAUAUGUCUGCAGCAAUUUCUCAAAUCUGAGGUUACAAUUGACGAGGAAAUAAAACAAGAGACAAUUGAUGACCAAGAUGAUGUGACUAGUACAAACGAAAGAGUUUUAGAUGAAAACCCUUACAUAUGUAACGAAGAGAUCACUAAUUCAAGUAAUUUAGUGGAUAGCACGAACAAAUCAUUUGAAAAAGUUUCAGCAAAACAUAAAACAACUAGCAAGUUGAAACCCUAUGAAUGUGAAAAAUGCAAUAAAACAUUCACAACAAAACCAAACUUAAAACAACACAGAAAAAUCCAUACUGGGGAACGGCCUCAUAAGUGCAAACGCAUACCGGAGAACGUCCUUAUAUUUGUGAAAUAUGUAAAAAAACAUUCAGAGCAAAACAUGUCUUAA